UUGGCGUUGCAAUGGCAACUGAUGGAAUGGGGGAAGGCAAGACAGCAGGGCUGGGGGCUCCGGACUGCGGGCGGGCGGGCCGCUGCCGCCGCUUGACGCUCCUCCGGGGACCUUCGCGAGUUACUUUGUAAAGGCGAAUCCAGGCGAGGAAGCCCCUGCUCCGUGCCGCGAGUCAGAGGCCACUUCCUGCUCCGUGGCUGCCCGCGUCAGGCUUGCAGCGCUCGGCACCCCCGGCCCCUGGCCCGCGCCCGCCGCCAGCCCAGCGCGCCGCCGCCGCCGUCGCUGCGGAGACUCGAGCCCGGUACCCUGAAGAAGACUUCGCCUCCCGGUCCCCUUCCCAUCACGCCCCCUGCUCCUCCCCGGCGCCUGCGAUUUUCCCAGGCGCCCGGUGUGAGUGCUGCGUGCGUGUGAGUGUGUGUCGGGGUAUUGUGUUGUGGGAGUGUGUGCGUGUGUGUGUGUGUGUGUGUGUGUGUGUGUGCAUGAGUGUGGGGUGUGCGGGGCUCCUGCGCUCCGCUCACGGCCGCCGCCGGAGAAGGACAGACGGACGGCGCUUCCUUCUUCGGCGAGCGGUUCCUGGGCACCUCGGCUCGGCCCGGGCGCGAGUGGAGCGCGCUCGGCUGGCCGCCGGCCUCCGGAAGGUCCCGCUGCAUCCCCCCUGGGCUGGAUAUGUUCAUGUUCACGUGAAGAUGGAUUUAGUGUACGGUCUCGUGUGGCUGCUGACAGUCCUCCUGGAAGGGAUCUCUGGCCAAGGAGUAUACGCUCCCCCAACGGUUCGUAUUGUGCAUUCAGGCUUGGCCUGUAACAUUGAGGAGGAGCGCUACUCCGAAAGGGUCUAUACUAUACGGGAAGGAGAAACCCUAGAACUGACCUGUCUGGUCACAGGACAUCCACGUCCACAGAUCAGGUGGACCAAAACAGCAGGAAGUGCCUCUGACAGAUUCCAAGACUCAAGUGUCUUCAAUGAGACUUUGAGGAUUACAAAUAUUCAGCGACACCAAGGAGGCCGGUAUUACUGUAAAGCAGAGAAUGGCUUGGGGUCCCCGGCGAUAAAGUCAAUCAGAGUGGAUGUGUACUAUUUGGAUGACCCAGUAGUAACUGUUCAUCAAAGUAUAGGUGAAGCUAAAGAACAAUUUUACUAUGAGAGAACAGUGUUCCUCCGGUGUGUUGCCAGUUCCAAUCCACCUGUACGGUACAGCUGGAGACGUGGUCAGGAGGUGUUACUACAAGGAUCUGAUAAAGGAGUUGAGAUUUACGAACCCUUCUUUACCCAGGGUGAAACCAAGAUCUUAAAACUAAAGAAUCUUCGACCUCAGGACUAUGCUAAUUAUAGCUGCAUUGCUUCAGUGAGGAAUGUAUGUAAUAUUCCUGAUAAGAUGGUGUCAUUUAGACUUUCCAACAAAACAGCAUCUCCGUCAAUUAAACUCUUGGUGGAUGACCCUAUAGUUGUAAAUCCUGGAGAGGCCAUAACAUUAGUAUGUGUUACGACAGGAGGAGAGCCUGUGCCCACUCUCACCUGGGUCAGGUCCUUUGGGACUCUGCCUGAAAAGACAGUUUUGAAUGGAGGAACGUUGACCAUACCUGCCAUCACCUCAGAAGAUGCCGGUACUUACAGCUGCAUCGCCAAUAAUAAUGUGGGAAACCCUGCAAAAAAGUCCACCAACAUCAUUGUGAGAGCAUUAAAAAAAGGACGAUUUUGGAUCACACCAGAUCCUUAUCACAAAGAUGACAACAUCCAGAUUGGGCGUGAGGUGAAAAUAUCUUGCCAAGUAGAAGCUGUUCCUUCUGAGGAGUUAACAUUUAGUUGGUUUAAAAAUGGUCGUCCAUUGAGAAGUUCUGAGCGGAUGGUUAUUACGCAGACUGAUCCGGAUGUCUCCCCGGGAACGACAAACUUGGACAUCAUUGAUUUAAAAUUCACGGAUUUUGGGACAUACACAUGUGUAGCAUCUCUGAAGGGAGGAGGAAUAUCUGAUAUCAGUAUUGAUGUUAAUAUAUCCAGCAGCACAGUUCCACCCAAUCUGACUGUUCCACAGGAAAAAUCACCUCUGGUCACCAGAGAAGGGGACACAAUAGAACUGCAGUGUCAAGUAACUGGAAAACCUAAACCCAUCAUCCUCUGGUCUAGAGCGGAUAAAGAAGUUGCAAUGCCUGAUGGGUCAAUGCAAAUGGAGAGUUAUGAUGGAACACUGAGAAUUGUGAAUGUAUCUAGAGAAAUGUCAGGAAUGUACAGGUGUCAGACCAGCCAGUACAAUGGAUUUAACGUGAAACCAAGAGAAGCCUUGGUGCAGCUCAUCGUGCAAUAUCCUCCUGCUGUGGAGCCAGCGUUCCUAGAAAUUCGGCAAGGACAAGACCGAAGUGUUACUAUGAGCUGCCGGGUCCUGAGAGCCUAUCCAAUACGGGUGCUGACCUAUGAGUGGCGCUUGGGCAAUAAAUUAUUACGGACGGGUCAGUUUGACUCUCAAGAGUAUACAGAAUACCCGGUGAAGAGUCUUUCCAAUGAAAACUAUGGGGUUUAUAAUUGUAGCAUCAUUAAUGAAGCUGGAGCUGGGAGAUGCAGCUUUCUUGUUACAGGAAAGGCCUAUGCUCCAGAAUUCUAUUAUGAUACCUACAAUCCUGUGUGGCAGAACAGACACCGUGUUUAUUCUUACAGUCUACAGUGGACACAAAUGAAUCCUGAUGCAGUAGAUCGGAUUGUUGCAUACCGGUUGGGUAUUAGGCAGGCUGGACAGCAGCGUUGGUGGGAACAGGAGAUUAAAAUAAAUGGAAAUAUUCAAAAGGGAGAACUAAUUACAUAUAACUUGACUGAGCUAAUUAAACCAGAGGCUUAUGAAGUCCGACUAACUCCUCUCACCAAAUUUGGUGAAGGAGAUUCAACAAUCCGUGUCAUCAAAUAUAGUGCUCCUGUUAAUCCUCAUUUGAGAGAAUUUCACUGUGGAUUUGAAGAUGGUAACAUUUGUUUAUUCACCCAAGAUGAUACAGAUAAUUUUGACUGGACAAAGCAAAGUACUGCAACGAGAAAUACAAAAUACACUCCAAACACAGGACCGAAUGCUGAUCGUAGUGGCUCUAAAGAAGGUUUUUAUAUGUACAUUGAGACAUCUCGACCCAGACUGGAAGGUGAAAAGGCCCGACUUCUCAGCCCUGUUUUCAGCAUAGCUCCUAAAAACCCUUAUGGCCCCACGAACACUGCAUAUUGUUUCAGCUUCUUUUAUCACAUGUAUGGACAACAUAUAGGUGUCCUAAAUGUUUAUCUGCGUUUGAAAGGGCAGACAACCAUAGAGAAUCCACUGUGGUCUUCAAGUGGGAAUAAAGGACAACGGUGGAAUGAGGCUCAUGUUAAUAUAUAUCCAAUUACUUCAUUUCAGCUCAUUUUUGAAGGUAUUCGAGGUCCUGGCAUAGAAGGUGACAUUGCCAUUGAUGAUGUAUCAAUUGCAGAAGGAGAAUGUGCAAAACAAGACCUAACGACUAAGAAUUCUGUUGAUGGUGCUGUUGGAAUUUUAGUACAUCUGUGGCUUUUCCCGGUCAUCGUCCUCAUCUCUAUCUUAAGUCCUCGAAGGUGACCUUAUCCUGGCAGAGGCUAUAAAAGAUUCACCAGGCACUGGCAUGAAGAAAGAGUCUUUGUAAAUGGACAUUGAAAAAACAAACUACCAAAGAUUCCUCCACUGACUACUGACUCAAACAUAAAAUAAUAAAAACGAAUUUUUUAAAGCACUGGGGAUAAAAAAGACAUCAUGGAAGUAUAACUUAUUCCAAACUACAUAUAAAAGAUAAUCUUGACCUGAGUAGAGAAGAGACCUUCAGGUGCUUUUGUGGCUAAAAAGAUUACAGCAUCAUCUGGUCAUCUGGUUGAACUCUGGAAAAAAAAAAAAAAAAAAAGCUAUAGAAAUCCUUGUCAAAGCACAAAGUCAUGGCUGGUUUUGUUUCAAAUGAAUAGUUUGCUUGUUACCAUGGAAACCUAAUGGCCUGCCAACAAAAACCUCACUGUAAACAGGGUACGUGAAAAGCUGGCAUUUAUUUUCCUUUCAAGAAGGUUUUACAUAGAGAAUUAAAUAAAUGUAGGCCCUUUUACCUUUGGUUGUUACCCUUCCUUGAAAAUAACCCGAACUCAGAAUUAUUUAAAACAUUCAUGCUCCUCCCCACCUGUCCCCAUCCCACCUUUCUUGUUAUUAUUUGUUUUCCUCCCAUGGCUAAGCUAGAUAACUGUAUGCUGUCUCUUUUUGCAUG